GGAAGGAGGGUAGGAGGGAGAGUGUGAAGGGUGGGAGGAUAGAGAAAGUGAUGGAGGGUAGGACGGAGAGGGUAGGAGAAUAGAGAGAGAGGAAAGGAGGGAGGUGAGAAGGGAGGAGGAAGGUGGGAGGAUAGAAAGAGGGAAAGGAAAGCGAGGCAGAGGGUAGGGAAAGGAGAGGGUAGGCGAGAUUAAGGGUGUAUGAUAAGGGGGACAGCAUAGAACUGAAGAGUGGGAACAGGACAGAGAGAGGAUAGCAGGAGGGAGAAGAGGAAAUGAAAAGGAGGGGAUAGAAUAGGGUGUAUUGAGAAUUAAAGGAGGGAGGGGGAGAUAGUGGUGGAGGAGAGAGGUUGGGAACUAAGGAAGAAAGUAGAGAGGAUAGUGAGAAUGUAAUAAGAAAGUGGGAAGCAGAGAGGAAAUGAGGGAAAGUGAACAGGUGAAGAUUGUGAGGAUCUGAGAGGAGUGAGUGAGUGUGAAAAGGAAGGCAAUGAGUGCGAUACAGAGGGGUAGAAGUGAGGGCCUGUGAGUGAGUGACACCGUGGGUUGGGGAGGGGAAAAAGGCGAAGGUGCAGGGAGUGAGAAAGUUGAGAAUGGAGAGUGCCUAAGGGCUUGAGAGUGAAGCAACUGCAGUCAAACCCUGCGUAGACAGAGAUUUCACCAGUGAUAUUGAGGCCAGUCUGAAGGAGUCUGAAUGCAGCCGACGGUGAAGAGGAAUGAUCCAUUAUGACCGCAUUAUCAAGCUGUUAUGAAAUGACUCAUUGGUUUAUUGACUAAUUUGUCUUUAUUGAUUCCAGAAAAUUCUUUUGGACAAAUGUCAAGUCAAAGCAAAUUGCUGUAGUUAACCAAUGCACCGCUUUAUUUAAAUUUGCACAUUGCUCAGACUUUAUACAACUCUCCAUUUGACUGGAAGCAAAAAUGAUCAAGUACUGGGGCGAGAUCCCAGUGUCAUCCUCUCAGCCCAGCCGGAGUUCUUUUGACCUGCUGCAGCGCGAGUUCCGGACAGUGGAAAUCCAAGACCCACCACUGCACCAGCCCUCAGCUGACAGGCCCCGACCUGCCACCAUGCUGGACGUGCCAUCCGAGCCCUGCGGUCUGACUGUCCACACCAUCCAGCUGAUACAGUACAACCGGCGGCUGCGGAGCCUCGUCGCCGCCGCUCAGGCACAGGGCCAGCCGCCGCUGGAUGGGCCGAAGGCCGAUGAGUCAGAGACCCUCCCCCCUGCCCCCAGCUCGCCACUCAUGCCAGAGGAGCUGUUGCCCGCGGACAGCAAGACCCCUAAGUUCCCUUUCCAGUUGCGGCACAGUGACCCAGAGAGCGACUUCUACAGGGGGAAGGGCGAACCUGUGACUGAACUCAGUUGGGCCUCGUGUCGGCAGCUCCUCUACCAGUCGGUGGCCACCAUUCUGGCCCACGCAGGAUUCGAAUCUGCUCACGAGGGCGUUCUGGAAACGCUGACUGAUGUCGCCAGUGAGUACUACUUCAAAUUCACGCGGCUCCUGCGCUUUGCCACAGACCGGGAGGCUCGGGUGGGCCAGACCCCAUUCCAGGAUGUGAUGGAGCAGGUGUUCCACGAAGUGGGCAUCGGCAGCGUGCUUUCACUGCAGAACUUCUGGCAGCAUCGUAUCAAGGACUAUCACAGCUACAUGCUCCAGGUGAGCAAGCAACUGGCUGAAGAGUAUGAAAAGUUGGUUAGUCCGGAGAAGGCCUCCACUGAGGACACCAAACCAUUGAAGAUAAAGGAGGAACCCAUCAGUGACAUUACUUUCCCCAUCAAUGAAGAGAAUGAAUCUGACCUUUCCACAGGCGAGCAGGCCCUGCAGCUUGGGGUGCUGGCACAGGCCCAUGAACGUUAUGCUGCUGCACUGGAGGUUGAUGCAUCUCCUCAGACAUCAGGCCCCGAGGUCAGCAGCUCUCCUCUGUGGAACCUAACUCAAGUUAAAAUGGAGCCUCAGGAGAAUGAAGAAGGCAAUGGCCCUCCCCACGGUGUUUUGGGCAAUGAUGUGUUCGAAGAACCGAUGUCUGCCAUGAGUGAGUCUGGCAUCCCACAAACUCCGAACACUGCUGGCUCUGACGGCAGCUAUAUAUCUCACUCGCCUGACAGUCUAAUGGCCUCUUCUCCCGUUUUCAAUCAACGACCAAAGAAAAAGCUAAGGAAGGUGUGAAUACUCAUCUACCGUUCAUUGGUCAAUUUUUUAGGGCGCUUAUUUGAAGCAGUUCGUUUCCUUCAUAAUGCUAAGUUGAUAUGUUCUUUAAUCAGAUCUGGGAUGUACUUCAGAAUGAUUUUGCAUUUGGUAGUGGACUUUAAUGUUAGGGGCAGGGUCAAAACAACAAACAAAAAACUGCUUCAACCAGCUCAUAGUUCCUUUGAGUUAAUUGAGUUUGUGAGGAAGAUGAAGUCCAUGGGAGAGAGAAUGCAGACUUUGUGGGAACUGAUGCAAAUUUUAGCUUUUGGACUGAGUUUGAAUUCAGCUCCGAAUGGAAGCUUCUCCUCUCAGAUGGAUGGGUUUCUUGGAAAAAAAAAGAACAACUUCAAUUUGUGUGCAUUUAAAUAAUGAAUUAUUUGUCAUGGAGGCAAAUGUGGAGGCCAUUUUAUGCAUGCUUGCCACUUGGAUAUAUCACCAGUUAGCCUGAAUGAAAUGAGUUCAGAGAUUGUCAAAGUGUUUACUCUGUGGGCAGGAGGUCUAGAUGCAAGUCUCCAAGUCAGUACUGUACAUAACACAGUGUGGUUAAACAUUCCAUGUCUCAUUUCGGUCAAUUUCCUUUGUGCCUUGAAUUAAUACAUUUCAGAUAGACACCAUCUUUGUGAGCUGUUGUUCCUCACUAUUCAAACAGAUUAACUAGUCCAGUUACACAGCAAAAUCCUACGUUAAACCAUUCCCCAGUGGCUGCUUGACAGUGCAUAUUCCACCUCAGAGUAAUUUGCUGUUUAUGUUUGAUAUUGUAAACUGCAGGGUUAACUCACUGAUCCCACACUCUAUUUCUGUGGGUCAGAGAAUUGAUGGUGCAGUCUUGUAGCUUUUCAUCAUUGGGGUGUACAGCUUCGGUUACUUUACCCACGUGCGAAUGUAGUAGGGUACUGUAUACAAUGAAAAUCUUACAGACUGAGCUCAGUAUUAUUUUGGAGCCUGAUUUUUUUUUUAAAAAUACAGAUUGUAGGAAGUUUUUUUUGGAAUGAAAACCAUAAAUUUUGUUUUCCCAUUGAACUUCAUUCUCUUCUCUUUAGCCAGAUAGCUAAAUUAAAAAAUGUUCUCAGAGAAUUUUCAACAUCAGCAGUCAAACCGCGAUCAUGUGCUGUAAAUGAAAAUCAAAAAUAAAUUGCAGAUGCUGGAAAUUUGAAAUAAAAACAGAAACACUCUCUGUGGAAAGAGAAACAGAGUUAACAUUUCAAGUGGAAGAGGACUCGACCUGUCGAGUAUUUCCAGCAUUUUCUGUUUCUGGUUUGUGAUCUUGUGCCCUUUCUCCCAGCUGUUAUUUAAGUUGGCAAAUUAGUUUCGAUCUCCUGGCUUUGAAUUGUUGCUUGCCAGUCAUGGAUUUUACACCCCACAACACUCUAAAAGUUCCAGCAUUAAAUGUACUGGCUAUCAAAAAGUCAAGCAUUUUAUAUCAUGCCUUGUAUCUAAGACUUCCCAGAAAGUGCAGGGGAUAGGAAGAGAUUGCAAACAGCUGAAGAGAAGAUUGAGUCAUACAGGAGGAACCAUAAAUAUUUGUUUUUCAUCGAAUUCUUAAUCCACUUGCCAUUGUGGCAUUUUGUACCAGCUAGUGAUGCCUCUGCAGUGCAUUAAAAGGCUAAAACAGCUUUUUGCUUUCCUCUUUUUACAUCCUCCUGAUGUUACCAUUGAACUUGUAUAAAUAGAGAGAUUGGGAGCCAGGGUAAGAAUACGGGCUAUUAACCUGAAGAUGUGUCUGCUGCUGUUACAAACUGGUUAUUUUGGCGUGUGCCACUCAUUUUUUCAGACCAUCCUUUUUGGUGGUAGGGACUCUGAAAAUUAACCCAAGUGUGGGAGCAUGGAACCUAGUAGCCCUUCUUUCCCUGGUCAGGAUCUAUCUCUAUAUGCAAUGGGCUCUUUGACCACGUAAGUAGUCUGUGACCACUCUGCCUUUCAACUACGCUCUAUCACCCAUUGCACUGCAGUUUAAUCGUAUCUGAGAAGGGACAAAGCUUCUAGGAUGAGGCCAACCUUCAGAGCUCGUAUUCUCUGGAUUCCGAGGUUGAUCGGAUCCACUGCCAACAUUUACAACUUUCUUUCGGGUGACUGUUUCAAAAAUGUUAAUUGGCCCUGCCGUUAAAUGUUUCAGGAGCAAUUUGUUGCAUUCUUUAGUAGUUGAAUACAUGGUAAGCUAACGUUCACCACAAAGCUAAGAGAAAUAAUUACCUGGAUCAAAAGCUAAUGGUUUAGGUUUUGAAAGGGUCUGUGUUUGGACUUUGACUUUUAAACAAAAUAAUGAUGUUGGAAUUACACAGCACGCUCAUUAGCCUGUCUUCAUUUUCCAGGUUUAAAGUUUCAGCGAACAGCCUGUACCUGAAAUGUCAAACUACUGAUACUUGCACUGAACAUUUCUAUCAUCAUGUUUUUCUUGCUUAUCAUUUAUCCUUAUUUGAACUCCAGCCUGGCGUUUCUGUCUGCCAAUCAUGUAUAAAGGGAAGCAGUAUCGUCUGGGGAAGCUAAGCUAGCAAAGGUCUCUUUUUAAGUUCCUCGGGCAAGCUCUGUAGCAAAAAGAAAUGGUUUGGUGUUGCCUUUUAUCUUGUCUGAAUAAAAUGAAUCAUUUUAAAUAUA